ACAUAGUAUUUUUUUUAUCAGCGUCUCGAUAACGCAAAAUCAAAACGCGAAUAUAUUCCGUUAAUGAAAAAGUAGCGGCUAGAACAGAAAAAUAAAUUGAAGAUUGAGAGAAGAUACAAAACAGAAGAGAGAUGGGCGUGACGAAGGAACAAGUUGAAUUAUCCUUGAAGGCCAAACUGAACCCUUCUCACCUUGAAGUGGUUGAUAUAUCUGGAGGGUGCGGUGCAAGUUUUGUGGUAGAGAUUGUAUCCGAACAGUUUGAAGGCAAAAGGCUACUUGAGAGGCAUCGAAUGGUGAAUGCUGCCUUAGAGGAGGAAAUGAAACAAAUUCAUGCUCUCUCUAUUAAGAAAGCUGUUACCCCAGAGCAGUGGAAACAACAGCAAGAAUCCAACCAAUCAAAUCCUGCUGCCUAGAGCAUAUGUUUUAGUUAUAAAAUAAGAAAUCCAUACAGGGUGUUGCUGACUGUUGACAUUGUUUGUGGAUUCUAGUUCUAUGUAGUUUUAUCGACACUCAAAUUUACAAUUGUACUACUAAAUUUUAGUUUACAAAAUCUGGCUUCCCGUAAGUUAUUUUAAUA